AGUCAUAAUAUUAAAUCAUUAAAACAUACAGAGAAACUAACAAACGAACAAACAAAUAUAGGAACAAGACAUCAUAACAUAUAACAGUCCACAUAUAUACAACAACAUACAUUCUAUAUUCAGGAAUCAAGAGAAUGAAGCGCAUACACGCCGAUAGUUUUGCACCAAAAUAUCAGAGUGGUAAAUGGUCCUGGGAUAAAAAUGUUCAUGGAUUGCACUUCCAGCAGCACUUUGAUUUAGAGGACGCGAAUGAGCGAUUUAUUGAAACAAAUGGGUAUAAGUUUCUAAGAUCUAUUAAUCAGGAGGAGGAGAUGAUCUUUCGUCAGGUAUUUGUUCGAUCCAAUACGACAUACGAUUCCGACACCGUGGUGAUCAACGAUGUGCGGGAUCUGGUGCUAUUUAUGAUGCCCAAAGAGUUUUUGUCAAUGAAAUUUGUGGAAUUCAUGCACAAACCAUCUGUCCACAGGCUGAUCCAUGCUCUGAUCAUCUAUUUCGAGUAUUAUUUGCAAAUGGUUGAGUUUGUGCUAAUCCGCCGCGAUGAACUGGCCGGAAAUAUGGCCCAGGUGCAGAGCGAACAGACGAAUGAAAUGAAACGAAUAUUUUCAACGAACUUGAGCCAAUAUCGCAUGUUGGUGGCUAGAAAUUACAGUGUUAUCAUAAUGGGCGAGGGGGAUAUGUCCAAGUUUUAUCACACCAAACCGAUUGUCAACAUAUCGUCGAAGAUUAAGGACAAGUUCUUUCACGAACAGUUCCUGGCAGUCGCCACUCAGAUCGUCUGGAUCACAAUGCAUCGAAGGGCUUACUAUGUGAUCGAAAUGGAAAUGAAUCGACUUUUUCGCUCCGAGCACUUUCUAAUGAAUCGAUCUGAGUAUCUAAAGCUGUCGCCCGUAGAGCGUAGUUUGCUCUAUGGCAAGAAUAACAAGAUGGUCAACUAUCGUGCCCAAUGCUCACCGAUGGUGCAGGAGCUAAGAAAUGUUGCAGACGAGGAUCUACCCAUAUUGUGGAUAGGUGAACGCAAAUAUCGUGGCGACGAUCGACGCAUCAGCGAGAUCGAACUCGAAUAUAUAGUUCCUGGUUCGCAAUUACACAUGAUCGAUGUGGGCCAUGGCAUUUUGGGUCAUCCAAAACGAUUAUAUAAUACUAUCCUAAACUUGGACUGGCCUGAGGUGCGCUUCUCCAACUUCUCUAAGCAACACGAUCCCUAUUAUAUUAUACGUCAACCACAUCUGCGCAUUCCCAACAUUGAUGAGAUGCAUCUCCGAAAAAUGUCCAAGAAUUACGAACAGUUCUUCCAUAUAUUCCGCAUCUACGAGCCAUUUAACCGUGAACUCCUCGUCAAGUGGGUCGAUCGGGACAAGAUCAUUAAUUACUAUUGCAGUGGAGGAGUUCUUCACAACAUUUCGAUGCGUUGCGAGCAGCAACUGAUCUGCGAGGAGGAGAGGGAUGUUCCGAAAAUAAUAAGCAAAUAUUUCGAUGUAGUUUCCAAAUUCAGAAAGAAAAAUAUUUAUUUGGGCGAUGCGGCGCAACCUGAAGGCGCUCGCACGUAUAAAGUAAAAGGUGACGAUCACUUUUUUAGUUAGUAUCCGACUCUAUAUCAUUAUAUACGGUUGGAUUAAUAUCUCUAUAUCUAUUCUGUAACACUUACUCUUGCGAUUAACGUUAAGGGGUUCAAUGCGAGACCAGUUAAUCAACUUAUUUGAGUUAAUCAAAUAAAUUUAAAAUAUAAUAUAUCAUAUACUUAAAUACUUA